AUGCAAUUGGAGUAUGAAAAUGAUGAAGAAAUCUUAGCUGACAGAGCAUUAUUUCCUCACAAAAAUGAUGUCAAAUAUCUCUAUAAAAAAUAUCAUAAAAAGCACAUAGGUGCUCAAAAUAGAAGUAGCCAAGAUAACUCAGAACAACCCUUUAUCCUGGUUGUAAUAACAAACCUUAUGAAACAUUGUUAUGAGUUACAAGAAACAGGUAAAUUAGUAUAUAUAGAUACAACAGCUGAACUUGAUGUUCUAAAUACUCCUUUUAUGAUCCUUUCUAUCAGUACAUCUGCUGGUAGUUUACCACUUGCCAUAAUUCUUAUAUCUGAUGAAACAGUGAUUACUUUUACAAAAGCAUUAAAUGGCAAAAAAAGUGGCACUUCACAAUACUUGGAUAAAUACACAGAUUCACUUAUUGCCCUCAUAACUGCUUUUGACAAGAAUAAUCGCAAAUUCCAAGCUAAAUGUAUUCAAAUAGCUAAGGACAUUCUUAACAAAAAACCAAUAAUUGAAUAUCGACCUUCUUUCUUAAACAGAAUGGAACUUGAUGCCUUCUUUCAAAAAUAUCAAAUCGCAUUGGAGGUGCAAGGAAGUCAACAUCGGCUUCAUAGCACUAGUUGGUAUAAGGAUAUCAAAAGAUUUAAGGAUAUUGUUGAUCAUGAUCAGAAGAAAAGAUGCCUUUGUCAGCUUAAUGGAAUUUAUCUUAUUGAAGCAAGAUUAUGGAUACGUCAAGCACUACCAGGUGGUAUAUUAUCCUCAAAUGCAGUUUUAGCAGGAAAUGGAAUAUAUGUCAAGGAGGAAUGUGGAACUAUACAUCAUAAUACUCAUAUAUCAACCAGUUGUAAUGCUCUAAAUAAUAAUGAAUUUCAAGUAACUAUUUCUGUUAGAGAUGCCUUUUGA